UUUUUAGUACGAGUACUGUCGGGCGAGAGUGCGGCCGACCGACGCGCGCGUACCGGCAUCUAGGCUUGUCUUCUCGCUCUAGUGUCAUCGUUCUCAUGUUGUCGUCGUAGUCGUGUAGUCAUAGUCGCCGUUUACGGCCGUGUCCUGUUCCGUGCCGUGACCGUCGUCGUCGUCGUCGUCGUCCUAAUCGUUUUCGCCUUCUCUUAUCGUUAGUGUCGCAGCUGACGAUCGAGUGACAUCGUGAACGCGGUGCGAGAGCCGCGGUCUACCCGGGUGGCUCGCGGUCGCUCUCGUCGCGAAAGAGUGCGCCAUGCGAGAGAGGGAUAAAUCGGUGACUGGCGGGCGGCGGCCAUCUUCCAGAUGAGGUUUUUCUCCUUCUUUCUUCCGAUAAACGGAGUGCGCUAUGUCGUGAGAGAGAAGGCCAAAGGGAGCGAGAGAUCGUAAGAGACCGAUUGAUAGACGGAGAGGUGUAGUGAAAGAGAGAGAGAGUGAGAUGAAGAGAAUUAUAUACGCGUCCAUCAUGCAACGAGAGAUGCGGUGAACGGCGCGUGCUGUUCGGCGGAGUCACGAAAUUUCACGAGCGCGUGUCGCCGCUUCAACCAGUUUUCGCUCGUGAGGGCGAACGGAAAAAACAGUCACUCGUGUGCGCGACGGGACGAGAGGAACGUAUUAGGAAGUGCGCGCUCGUUCGCGCCUGCGAGCGAGAGAGAGAGAGAGAGAAAGAUCGGCAGAGGGACGACGGGGUGAAGCGAACCAGAGCGGAAGACGGAGAAAGAGACAUACCGCGUGCGGGGGAAGAAAACGGAAGCGGUGCGAAGGUGAAACGAACACGGAGAGGCGAUCCCUUAUUACCGCGCAUUCGUUUGUUCGUAAUCGCGUCGUUUUCGCGUGCGUGACAAGAAGGAGGCGAGAAGGAAGGAAGGGAAUAAAAAAGGAGAACGAGGAGGAAGGAAAGAAAAAAAAAAAAAGAAAGAAGAUCCACGAGGCACGAGGCGAGGAAGAGGAGGAGGAGGACUCUCGAAGCCCCGGAAGUCGGGGAAGUGCGAAAAAUUCACGGAUACUCGCGCGGUGCUUGCGAACCACCCGGUACAUCGCGAUCGAGAGAGAGUGUGUAGUGUGAGAUCAAUAAUGAGACAGGUGCUCUCAUUGGUGUAAAGCGAUGCGGCGGAGCUGAGAGUUUUGUCGGGCGGCACUCUAGGGCUCAUGAAAAGUGUAUCCGGUGUGCGUAACGUCGCCGUCAAGGACCACCGCGUCGCGAGACAUUCGAGCGAGUUGGAUCAGUGUGAUUAUAAUGUAGUGCCAACUUUGCAGAUGGAUAAACAGGGAUGACUGAUAAUUGCUGGAACUCUGGUGGUGGCGCUGGCGUCAAGAUGGAGCACUUUCAGGCCACCCUGGACCCAAGGAAGCAGGAGUUAUUGGAGGCCCGCUUUCUCGGAGCGAGGAUGUCUGCUGGGUCACAAAUUCAGAUGGCACCCCAAACAACCGUAAACUCUGGUCAGACAGUUCAUAGUCAAGACUCGAACAUGAGCACUGGCUCAUCGCAUAGUGAUAAGGAGGUGGAUGCAAACACUCCGGAAAAAGUAUUACGGACUACUUCUGAAAGGAAAAGAAAACGUAAGGCUGAUGACGGAGGUGGGGGUGUUUCAAGUAGCUCUGUAACAAGUAAGGGAGCUAGAUCAAUUGCUGCUCUUGAUAAUAAGAAGAUCAAUGAGUAUUUCCCAAAGCAUCAUCUGGGCAAUAGUCCUAUUCGGCAUGGUGGUGCCAAAAGUCCUUCUCCUCAACAGGCUUAUCCUAUGUUUCCACCAUCGCCUCAACAGUUACUUUCACCACAAGUAACAACACCUAAUUCUUCAGUGGCGGAAUUUUCUUCAUUGAUGCAGCCACCAAGACCUCAUCCUCAACCUCCACCUCCUCCACCACCAGUUUCAACACAACCUGCAGGCUCAAUGGUCAGCAAGCAGGUGCAGGUAAGGCCUACCAACCUCAAUAGGACAAGCCAGGUCAGGCAAGCGAAGACUAACACCCCAAAUACAGAACUUACUUGCCAGAGGAUACAGGAAUUUGAAAGUCAAGCCUCUUCAGACUUAGAAUUACGUAACAAUAAAAUUGACGAAUUAAAUAGGACAACGGAUGAACUUAGGCAUCAAAUGGCUAAUCAGCAAAAACUGAUUGAGCAGCAUAAAUCACAUAUAAAUAAGUGUAUAGACGUUGUAAAGAAGUUAUUAAAAGAAAAAUCAAACAUAGAAAAAAAAGAAGCUAGGCAGAAGUGUAUGCAAAAUAGACUGAGGUUGGGUCAAUUCGUGACGCAGAGGGUGGGCGCGACUUUUCAAGAGAACUGGACCGACGGUUACGCAUUUCACGAGCUUGCUCGACGGCAAGAAGAAAUAGCGACUGAACGGGAAGAGAUCGACAAGCAGAAGAAACUGCUGCUCAAGAAGAGGCCGUCGAAUAGUGAAACAGGCAGAAAACGUAGUCAACCGCAACCCUCUUUGCAUAACGGCACUGAGGCGACGUUUUUGAAGCCGGAUGCAGUACCUGGGUCGUAUACGUGGCAGGAGUAUUAUGAAGCUGAUGAAAUACUCAAGUUAAGACAAAGCGCGUUGAAGAAAGAAGACGCGGAUCUACAAUUGGAAAUGGAAAAGCUCGAAAGGGAGCGGAAUUUACACAUCAGAGAAUUGAAGCGUAUUCACAACGAGGACCAAUCGAGAUUCAACUCUCAUCCUGUUUUGAAUGAACGUUACCUUCUGCUAAUGUUAUUAGGAAAGGGCGGUUUCAGCGAAGUGCAUAAGGCAUUUGACUUAAAGGAGCAACGGUAUGUGGCUUGUAAGGUGCAUCAAUUAAAUAAAGACUGGAAAGAAGAUAAGAAGGCUAAUUAUAUAAAGCAUGCAUUGCGAGAAUAUAAUAUACACAAGGCAUUAGAUCAUCCUCGAGUUGUAAAAUUAUAUGAUGUAUUUGAAAUUGAUGCCAAUUCCUUUUGUACGGUUCUGGAAUAUUGUGAUGGCCAUGAUUUAGAUUUUUACCUCAAGCAGCAUAAGACUAUACCCGAGAGAGAAGCGAGAUCUAUUGUUAUGCAAGUCGUAUCGGCAUUAAAGUACCUCAAUGAAAUAAAACCCCCAGUCAUACAUUACGAUCUAAAACCAGGCAACAUUUUGUUAACCGAAGGUAACGUGUGCGGCGAAAUAAAAAUCACAGACUUUGGUUUAAGUAAAGUUAUGGAUGAGGAAAAUUAUAAUCCAGAUCACGGAAUGGAUCUAACAUCCCAAGGAGCGGGUACUUACUGGUACCUACCUCCUGAGUGUUUCGUCAUUGGGAAAAAUCCUCCUAAAAUAUCGUCCAAAGUUGAUGUCUGGAGUGUAGGAGUUAUAUUUUAUCAAUGCCUAUAUGGUAAAAAGCCCUUUGGUCAUAAUCAAUCGCAAGCCACCAUUUUGGAGGAAAAUACGAUAUUGAAAGCCACAGAAGUCCAGUUUGCGAAUAAACCGACCGUCAGUAACGAAGCAAAGAGUUUCAUAAGAAGUUGCCUAGCGUAUAGAAAGGAGGAGCGUAUAGACGUACUAACACUAGCUAGACAUGAAUAUCUGCAACCCCCAGUGCCAAAACAUGGCCGCCAAGCGAACAGCCAGCAGCAACAGCAACAGCAGCAGAUACAGCAUCAGCAGCAGAGUACGUUCAACAUCGGCAUGUUUAGUGGUAUGAACGCGUCGAGCAGUUCGUAGUGGAGAGGAAGGACUAAGGACGAAAUCCUCGAUAUAUACUAAUACAUGCCAAAUCUUGAGCGCUCGGACUGUGCACAUCAUCUCUCAUCUUAGGAAAAUAACGAUUACUAUAAUCAAUUGUAAAUACUAAAACCGGAUACUAUCACCGUCACCACCACCCACCACUACCAUCACCACAACUAUUACUACAACUACCACCGCCAUCACCACACCGUCACAACUAUACUUACAGGAUCGAUUACAUAGGACAUUGCAAGAGAGAUGCGAGACUGGUCAUCCGCAAGUCCAGGAGCUUGCGUCUUUCUACAAGCCACGCUACAUUAUUCAGCAUGACAAGAAACAAUGUUGUGUUCGUAAAUAUUCAAUUGUAUUAUCGUUCCUUGUAUCAAACAGUGCGCUGACUUGAUAAUAGUGUUUAAAAGAAAUGAGAGAGCGAGAAAGAACGAACGAGCGUGCGAACGAGAAAAUAACAUGUGAUAAGUCAUUAUGAGUUACAAGUGACGCUUAGAUUAAGGGGGAGGGGGGAAAUAGAGUAUGAGAGAGAGAAAGAGAGAGAGAGAGAGAGACUAUAAAUAAAACAGAUAAAACGACAAGAAUUCUUCCAAAUGGAAACAAAAUCAAGUUGAUAAAAUAAAGAAAGCAACGAAGAAUAAGAAAAAAAUAGGUAGAAACCAAGAAAUAGGAAGAAAUCAAGAAAAGCAAUCGGAGCAAUCGCAGCAAUCGCUUUUACGAAGACAACGUUCCUCUCCUGGCGUUUUAUGAGCGUGUGCAUGAGUGAACGCUAGAGGAUUGUUAAAAUUAGUGUGAGUGUAUAUAUUUAUACUAUAUAUAUAAAUAUAAAUAUAUAUAUAUAUAUAUAUAUAUAUAUAUUAUAUAUAUAUAUAUAUAAACUAAUAAAAUAAAUUCGACAUAAUAUAUAUAUAUAUGGUGUAAAAAGGACGACGACAAACAUUGACAGUGGGAAGACAACUGUGGUGGCUCUAUCCUCGCAUGACCUCCGGCGCCGGUUUCCGGCAUUCCAUGAAUGCUUGGCCUGCGUAUCAUGUUACUUUAUUCGAAUAUUAACAUUAUUACCUGUAUCAUGACUAAUAAUGACUAACAUACACGCGCGUCCACACCCACACACGAAACAUAUACACGAUACGAUUACACACGAAGGAGAUUUGAUUGGUUGUUCCUAUUCUGAAACGAGAGUGGGCUUUAUAUCUAUAAUGCCGGAACGAUUAGUCCGAUAAAAAGAAAGAAUAAGAGCGAAGUGAGCAUAGAGAGAAAGAAAGACAGAGAGAAAGAGAGCGAGAGAGAGAGAAAGAGAGAGAGAGAAUCGCGAUGUGCUCCCAAAGUGAAAAAUAUUAUAGGAUUGUAGUCCACCAUUAUCACCAUCACUUAAAAAAAAAAAAAACUGUUUUUACGCGUGUAUGGUUUAAAACUCCGCGAUGAGAUUUGCAGUAUCGAAACGCGCCGUGCGUUAUGUUUUCCCUAUUUCACUCUACCUCUUUUCUUUUGUCUCCUCUCCUUUCUCUUCUCCCCUUUUUUCUCGAAAGAGAUAGGAAGAGGGAGAGAAAAGGAAAGAGAGAGAGAAAGCGGAUCCAAAUGUGUGUAUAGAGCAAGUUUCGCGGAAACGGCUAGGCACAUUAAUUAAUUAAUCAGAUGACAGUUUAAAAAAAAAGGAUAAUAAAAGAAAAGAGCAAAUUUUUAAGAUAAGAGAGCCGUGAAACGCUAUACCAACCCAAUCAUUAUUUCUUUACUCGUAAUUUGUUUUAUAUAUAUGUACGUUAUAUAUAGAUAAUUAUGAAAUAGAAGACUAAGUUAUUUUAUCAAGUGCCCUUGCUUUGUAUUAUAGUCGCGUCCGUCGACGAGCCGUAGCUUCUGGGAGUAAAAGAGAAAAAGGAGAAACGGAAUGCGUUGAGAGCGAACGAAAGAAAAAAAGAGAGACUGAGAGCGAGUGAGUGCGUGUGUUGUUAAAAGUGUUGCGUCAGUUGUUGAUACAAUGUGGGCACCAGGUAUUGAUGACGGCUCAAUACCAUCAUUGUGAUUGGCAAAAGUGUGGUGAGAAAGGAGAAUACAAUUACAAGUCUGAACAGA